AUGGCAUCCCCAAACCCACCGGCCUUCGAUAUGCAGAAAUUAUUCAACCCUCCUCCGCCUCCCUCCACCUCUCUUCCCAAUUCCAACCCUAAUCCCCAAAAUUUUGUCGCUGUCACUAACCCUAAUAUGUCUUCGGCCCCUUUCCCGCCGCCCUCCGCCUCCUACCCUCCGCCCACCGGAGGCGCCUACUCCUUUCCGCCCCAGACGGCGCCCUUCCACUACCAUCCUGUCUACCCCGCCUUUUCCAACCCACCGCAGCCCCACCAGGACGCGCAUCCGCAGAGGUCGCUGUCUUUUCCCACGCCGCCACUCCAGCCACAGGGGCAGUCGCCUACGGCCCCUCAUCAUCCCAAUUUCAGCAACCCCCCUAAUCCCCAAAACCCUAAUAACCAUGGAGCUCGGUUGAUGGCGCUAUUGGGUGCGCCUCCGUCCACGCUCCAAGUCCCUCAGCAGCAGACUUCUAUGGCUAUGCCUCAAAUCCAUCCGACUUCCUCUUCGGGCUCGGAUUUCUUCUUACAGCAGAACCUGCCAUCUGGGCCGGGUUCUGUGAUUUCGCACCAGUCGCCUGUGAUGCGGAUGCCGAGCAGUAAACUCCCUAAGGGACGGCAUCUGACUGGAGAUCGGUUGGUUUACGACAUAGAUGUCAGAUUUCCCGGCGAGGUGCAGCCUCAGCUAGAGGUUACACCCAUUACAAAAUAUGGUUCAGACCCUGGGCUAGUUGUAGGCAGACAGAUUGCAGUUAAUAAAACGUAUAUAUGCUAUGGGCUGAAAUUGGGCGCUAUAAGGGUGCUCAAUAUCAAUACUGCUCUGAGAUCAUUGCUAAAAGGAUUAGGCCAGAUUAAGAUUUGGGAAGAUCGGAAGUCACAACCUGUUGCAGUUCUUCGGCCACAUGAUGGCCUGCCUGUUAAUUCUGUGACGUUUUUGGCUGCUCCUCAUCGACCAGAUCAUAUCAUACUCAUCACAGGGGGACCACUAAAUCGGGAAGUAAAGAUCUGGGUAUCAGCAAGUGAAGAAGGUUGGUUGCUUCCUAGUGACGCUGAAUCAUGGCGUUGUACUCAAACGUUCGAGUUGAAGAGUUCAGAGGCUCGAGCAGAGGAAGCUUUUUUCAAUCAAGUAGUAGCAUUGUCGCAAGCUGGUCUUAUUUUAUUGGCGAAUGCCAAGAGGAAUGCUAUAUAUGCUGUGCACCUGGAAUAUGGUCCUAACCCGGAGGCAACCCACAUGGAUUAUAUAGCAGAGUUUACGGUUACCAUGCCAAUACUCAGUUUCACAGGGACAAGCGAGUUGCUUCCUCAUGGUGAUCAAAUUGUUCAGGUAUAUUGUGUCCAGACACAAGCAAUUCAGCAGUAUGCAUUAGACUUGUCGCAGUGUCUGCCGCCUCCAUUGGAGAAUGUCGUCUUUGAGAAAUCAGGCUCCAAUGUCUCUUUGGAUGCUGCUACUGCUCCAGAUGUAGAACCUUCUAGUGGGAUACCAACUGAGUUAUCCAUAUCUAGUUCUGCUCCUAAAGUAUCCAUCCAUGAAAGUGGAUUGGAUGGUGCAUCGGCAGUGAGAUACCCUGUUAUCCAUGCUCCUGCUGAGUCACCCAUGCCACAGGAGUUCACUUCAGCUACUGAAACAAAAUUAGUUACUCAACCUGAGGUUGCUAAUGAUGGCGUUUCUUCUGCUGCUUCACCUCCACUUCCUUUAAGCCCAAGGUUGUCUAAGACACAUUCUGGCUUCAGAAGUCAAUUGAGUGGCCAUGGUUUUUCAACCAGUGAUCGUGGUUCGGAUCCAAAAAUUGUCGAAUACUCAGUUGACAGGCAAAUGGAUGUUCAUGCAAACCUAUCAAAUGUUGCUUCAUUGGAUGGUGAUUCAAGGAAUGGUGAUAACGAACUCUUCCAAGACGAGCCUGCAGCUGUCAACCAACCGGUUAAGUUCAAGCACCCGACUCAUUUGGUGACACCUUCCGAAAUUUUAAUGGCCAAUUCGGUCUCUGAAGUGAGCCACACCGUUGACCCCAGAAGUGAUACUGAUGUGAAUUUUCAAGAUGUAGUCGUCAGCAAUGACACCAGAAAUGUUGAGAUGGAGGUAAAAGUUGUGGGUGAGACGAGAUUUAGUCAAAGUAAUGAUAUGGGACCUCCCCCAGAACUUAAGAAGACAGAACCUAAGGAAAAAUCCUUUUGCUCUCAAGCAUCCGAUCCAGGAACUGAGGUGGCUCGAGAAUGUCGUGUUUUAUCUACUGAAGCUUAUACUGUCGGUGAAGCUAGGCAGUUUGAUGGGACUGGUGAAUCUGAAACAAUUGCUCAAUCCACAACUGCAGAUGAGGUCCAUGAAUCUGUGAAGGAUGUUUCUCGGCAGGGGACUGAUUCAUCGACUCCUAUACCAGCUCAGCAACAACCUUCAACGAGUGUAAAAGGUCAAAAGCAGAAGGGUAAGAGUGGUCAAGGAUCAGGGCCAUCAUCACCAUCACAAAGUGCUUUCAAUUCAACAGAUUCCUCAACUGAACAAGGUGUUUGCUUAAGUAUACCAAUAGAGAAUGCAUUCCCACAGAUAUAUUCCAUGCAAGAGAUGCUGAAUCAGCUUGUAUCUAUGCAAAAAGAAAUGCAGAAGCAGAUGGCGGCAAUGGUUGCUGCCCCAGUCAACAAAGAAGGCAAAAGACUUGAGGCAGCAUUGGGGCGGAGCAUGGAGAAAGCUGUCAAAUCUAAUGUUGAUGCAUUGUGGGCCCGUAUUCAAGAGGAGAAUGUUAAGGAGGACAAGGCUGUAAGGGAGCGCAUGCAACAAUUAACUAAUAUGAUCAACAAUUGCUUAAACAAGGACCUACCUGUAAUUAUUGAGAGAACUGUAAAGAGAGAACUGGCUGCCCUGGGACAAUCUGUGGCGCGAACAAUCACUCCCACCAUAGAGAAGAUAGUAUCCACCACCAUUGCUGAGAGCUUCCAGAAAGGUGUCGGUGAUAAAGCUGUAAAUCAACUGGAGAAAUCUGUCAAUUCCAAACUCGAAGCAACUGUUGCUAGGCAAAUCCAAGCUCAGUUUCAAACUUCUGGCAAACAAGCUCUUCAGGAAACACUGAAAUCAAGUUUGGAAACUUCUGUGAUCCCAGCAUUUGAGAUGUCGUGCAGAGCCAUGUUUGAGCAGGUGGACGCCACUUUUAAGAAUGGACUAGUUGAACAUUCAGCAGCAGCUCAGCAACAAUUUGACUCAUCGCAUUCACCAUUGGCAAUUGCACUAAGGGACGCCAUAAAUUCAGCAUCAUCAAUGACUCAAACUUUAAGCAGUGAGAUUCUUGAUGGUCAAAGGAAAUUGGUAGCUCUUGCUGCAAACACUAAAGCAGCAAAUCCGUUGAUUAGUCAGCUGAGUAAUGGUCCUCUGGGUGGUCUCCAUGACAAGCUCGAGGCACCUCUUGACCCCACAGCGGAAAUAUCUAGACUGGUAGCCGACCGCAAGUAUGAGGAGGCUUUUACUGCUGCCCUGCAGAGGACUGAUGUUAAUAUAGUAUCCUGGUUAUGUGCUCAGGUUGAUCUGCCAGGGAUAUUGUCCAUGAAUCCGGUGCCUUUGAGUCAGGGUGUGCUCCUCUCUCUUCUGCAGCAAUUGGCUUGUGACAUCAUCAAAGACACCUCUCGGAAACUGACAUGGAUGAGAGAAGUUCUAUCUGCUAUAAACCCGUCAGAUGCAAUGAUUGUGGUCCACGUGCGUCCCAUCUUUGAGCAAGUCUACCAGAUACUGAAUCACCACCGUAACCUUCCGACUUGUAGUGGAGCCGAGCUUUCCAACAUCCGCCUCAUCAUGCAUGUCAUUAAUUCCAUACGGGCAGUGGGACACUGCGUGCAUAAGCACACGGCGGUCGCACUUAGCCCCUGGUCAUGGGGCAGGCGGUUGGGGAUGAAUGAGCCACGAUUACGGGCGGCCUGGGCUACCGGGGCUUGGCGCAAUGUUGUGCGACCUGGUUACAGGCGGCUGAGCGUGCUCGCAAACGCCGAGCCCCUGGCGCUGCUCAUUGAUCGCCGAUGGCAAGCGUGCUGA